AAAAGAACGCAGCACACAGCGUCGGGUAAUGUUAAUGUUAUUUGAAUAGGAAAGCUGUGACAUCCAAACAAAAGGGAUUUGGGAGCGUUAGGAUUAUGUGAGUCAGUUCACAGAAAUCUGUAUUUAUGGACUAAGUGGUUAAAAUGUUAACGCUUUCAUCAUGAGGCGAUAGUUUAGCUAUUUGUAAUGGUCUUGAAUAGCUAGCAUUGCCUGAUGUGAAGCUGAAUGCUGCCGCUGCUGACAAAAGUCAACUCCACUUCAGACUGUCCCUCUCAGUCGUCACCUUACCGUCACCGUGGCUGAAAAACCUCCACCCUGUCUGGAAUGCAGCAAAGCAGCUCACUUUAGGUUAGGCUUUCAGGAUAUCUAACAGCCAGCCCUUUUUAUACAUGUUGGUUUGGUUUCCUCUAUUUCAUUUUAUUUGCAUGUGAAUGCUCUGCCUUAGUUAUCUAGCUGCACCUUUAAACUGUAUCUGGACGUUACCUGGUGAGGUUAUAAAUCUCAGUUGGCAAAACGAGUUAUAAAAACAACUCAACUUUCAAGUUGACUGGCUCCCAAAUUCAGCGUUUGGUGCGUGCAUAUUACAGAUGCAGAAUGCGGUGGGGUCCCAGCUCAGCGCUCCAUCUGCUGCGGUGUGUGCGGUUACGGUCAUGUCCCAGGAGAGGAAGGAACACACUGCCAUUGUGGAUUAGGGAAAUAUGGGCUUACAUGAGACUGCUGGUGCAGUCCUUUUACUUUAACUCUCUCACAGACUCCGAUGUGGUUUUCGACUCAGUCUUUGAACCAGUGUUUUGGACUGUGGAUUAUGUCACCCGCUGGUUUGGCACGCUGUUUGUUUGGCUGGUGGUGAUACUGGUGAGCUCCAUCUUAGUGAUAUGCUAUGUGAUCCUACUGCCUAUGGUCCUCAAAACAUACUCCCCUGAAGGGAUUGCUUGGCACCUUUGUUAUGGACAUUGGAACCUCGUCAUGAUUGUUUUCCAUUACUACAAGGCCACCACGACUUCCCCUGGGUACCCCCCUACAGAAAAAAAUGACAGUCCAUUUGUAUCAGUCUGCAAAAGAUGCAUCAUGCCCAAACCAGCAAGAACACACCACUGUGGUAUCUGUAACCGAUGCAUUCUGAGAAUGGACCAUCAUUGUCCCUGGCUGAAUAACUGUGUGGGCUAUUUAAACCACCGUUACUUCUUCUCCUUCUGCGUCGCCUUGACCUUGGGCUGUGUCUACUGUAGCAUCAGUGGCAGAGACCUGUUCCUAGAGGCAUACAAUGCUAUUGAGAGCUUUAAGCAUUUGGAUGUGGUAAAGCCAGGGGUACCAGUAACAGGGAUGGGAGUUCUCAUUGGGCUUCUCCCCCCUGGCCAGACCAACUAUCAGACACCUGCACCUCCGUACACCUUUAAGGACAAGAUGAUUCAUAAGAGCAUCAUCUACAUGUGGGUGCUUACCAGCACUGUGGCAGUGGCCCUGGGAGCUCUGACCAUAUGGCAUGCAGUUCUGAUAACCAGAGGAGAGACCAGCAUUGAAAGACACAUUAACAGCAAAGAAAGAAAGCGACUGGCAAAGCGAGGACAGGUUUACAGAAACCCUUUCGACUAUGGCAGGCUGAAUAACUGGAAAUACUUCCUUGGGGUGGAGAAGAGAAGUCACUGGUUGACGCGUGUUCUCCUUCCCUCUGGACACACCCCACCUGGUGAUGGUUUGACAUGGGACAUCUUCCCAGUUAAAAAGGACUUAAUACCUGUAUGACAGACUCUACUCAGGCAUACUUUUAGCCUAAUUUCAGCAGUCUUUGCUGUGUCCAACCUACUCUGGUCAUUUGUUUUGGUUGGCUUAAAGGAUCCUAGCAUGGUGGCUCCACACAGCUGAAGAAAUGGGGUCAUGCCAACCUUCAAUACCUCAAAAACUCGCAGUGGCAUUGCUCAUGGUUCGACGGUCUACAUUUUUCACCAGUGAAAAGGCAAUAUAUCAUGGAUGUUUUAUUCUCCACUGGGUUUUAUUUAGUCAUACAAACGGGUCUUACUUGACUCUGAGCAUUGUGAAAACUGCAGUACCAUGAUAAUGUGUUAUUUAUCUGUAUUUUGUACCUACUAAGUUAAUAAAUCUUUAUAAAUUGCUUUAUUUAAA